AUGCCCCUGAAAGCUUGUGUGUUCCGCAGCCCUGCGUAUGGUUACGGCAGCUUCACUUGCACUGUCCCGGCGUCAGAAGUCACAGGAGCAGUUUUUGGACGUCAUCCAACGCAUCGGCGUGCACUGCCAGCUGCACGACAUACUGGCAUCCAGCAAGCGCCCACAGGCACAUGUCCAGCAGCUUCUUGCCGCAUACGCGUUAACACCCUUUAUCGUUAUUUGGCAUGUUGCCUGACAUUCAUCGAUUUCAUGCAUGCACAGCAUCUCAGCUUUGCUCUGGUGCCGGUGGCACUCAUGGUGGAUUUCCUGCAUGCCUCCUCCGCAAGCAAGCAACAGGACAGAGCAGUGCACAGAUCCUCAGUCAACACAGCGAUCAAGUCUUUGCGAUGGCUUGCAAAGCACGGGCAAUGGCACGCUUUGUCCGCACGCGUGCAUAAUGCACUAGUAGCCUCUUACGCAAAACAAAUUGACUCCUACGAUAAGAAGGAGGCAGUGCCUCUGCCCUUGGCAUUAAUCGUGGCAUGGGAGCUAGUCCUUUGCAUGCACGCCACGCCGCUCACUACCAAGCUGGUCUUGGGUGCUGCCCUCCUUUGCGCGCACGCAAGCAUUUGCUUCGGCGACGCCCAACGUGUCAAGUGGGGCUCCAUUCAGCUCAGCACGCAAGGGCUACAUGCAGUCGCAUACGCGACCAAAACAACUAAGCGCGGGCAACGCUUUGCAUGCACUUGGCACGGCAUUUCUGGCCGGGGCCCAGACUCAUCAAGGCUUCUGCGUUGGUUGUCCGCACUGGCACAGCUCCCACGCAAGCUCUUCGAGACUGAAGGGCACACGCAUGAGCCGGAUUUUUUUGUUCCCGCACCUAGACAUGCAGUCGCUUACGGUAUCUUUCUUGGCCCCCGCCAGCUACGCACGCGCCUUGUUGAUCCAGGCCUGUCUCAGCAAGCAAAGCUUAGCUCUGCAGAAGCUCGCGCACUCACGCUGCAUAGCAUGAAGUCCACUGCGUUGGCUCUGGCGGCACAGCUCCACCUGCCCAGGGAAGACAGACUGUCACAAGGUCACCACAGAGAUAGCGCCAAGCUGUGCAGCCGCAAUGACACGUUUGCAAGCCUGCGCGUUCAACGCCACAUCUGUGCGCAAGUCGCGCAGGGGUGGCGCCCCCAACGAUCGAUGUCCAGAGGGGGAGCGGCCCCUGUGCCAGAGCCUCCAUUCACGGUUCCGCGACAGGUGCCUUCCACAGAACUCCCUGCCCCGGCACUUCUGCAAGGCCCAUGGCGCAUUUUCACGUCACGUCAUGAGACUCUGCAUGCAGCAGCAAGCACAGCACGGCAAAAGCCGGGCGCCGAUCCGCCGGAGGUGGAACCGCCACUUGUGGUCUCUGGGUCCGAUUCCGAAGCCGAAGAAGUAGAGCUCUUUGCUCAAACAGCCCCCGACUCGGACAGCGAAGCACAGACGAAGAACAACAGCUGCAGCGUGAUGACACGCGCAUGCACACAUACGUUUGCAGUGGAAUACCUGCUUGCGCUGCCCAAGUUGGGAUCGCUUUCGGUCAGCAAGCUGAAAGCCAGUUGCGGAGCCCGGUGCUCCAUCUUCUUCGACUUCACCAGUGCCCCACCUUGCUCUCUUGCACUUUUGGGAAAGCAGCUUGUGUUGGUCCCAGAACCCCUGCAGAGAGCACUUCGCGACACAGGGCUAUGCAGCGUAUCCGAUUUUGCCUAUGCAUACCUGGACCCCACAGACCUUUCAGAUUUCGUGACAAAGCAAAAUCAGAGCCUAUGGGAACAACUGCAAGUCGCCGAUCCAGAGCACAGCCCUGCGGUGGCACGCCUCCGCAGGGCAUUAGACAUGAGUCAAAGCAUCACACGGGCACAAGACGCGUGCCCAGCAAGCUCUGCACCAGCGCCCAGCCACAGCACAGCCAUCGCAACCAACGUUUGGGCAGAGCACGCUCCUCCAAGAUUAGACACGGAGGCCGUGCAACGCAUGCAAGCAAGCUUCAGGUCCAACUAUCCCGGUGAACACCUGGAUAGUGAUAGCACGCCAAGCAUACGCCUGCUUAGCUUAGUGCACCAAUGGUUCACCCCAAAGGGG